AUGAAGAAACGUAGUAUACCACUAAGUACAUUACUUGAUAAUGCAGUUGGUGAUUAUAACCCUACUCCUAAUAUUAAGUUAUAUAUAAAAAUAGCACAUGUUUUAAGAAAACAAGAACAAACAUGUCCAGUUCUUCGAUUACAAUUAUUAAAUAAACUCAAAUCACAUCCGUUCAGAUUUAUUGCUUCAUUAGAAGUGUAUUAUUGUUUAUGCUUAAUGGAAUUUCUUGUAGUAAAAGUAAAAGGUUUUGAUGUAUUUAUUAAAGACAAAGAAUUUGUUAAGGCAUUAGAAAAAAUGGCUCAAUUUGAUAAAUUAGUUGGAUUAUUUAAAUCUAAACCAACAUUAACACAAUUAAAAGCAAUGAAUUUAGUUCAGUUAGUAAUGGCUUUACCUCAAACAGAACAUUAUCAAGAAUUAUAUAAAAAAUAUACAAAGAAAGGACUUGUAUUUCCACCAUUAGUCUAUCCUGAAUAUGAUGAUGACUCAUCAAAUUCAUCAGUUACUCAUACACCUUCAUUACCUGAAAAUGGAGAAGGAGGAUUUAUUCCAUCAUCUGCUUCAUUAUUACCAAAACCACCUAUUGUGAGAAAUGAUAUUGACAAAGAAAUAUUUUCAGUCCUUUCUCCAGAAUUUAGAAAAUUACUUCAAGAAAUGAGUGAUUUCCAUGAAUUGUGUAAAGAACCAUUAAAGAAAAGUAACUUAUUAAGAAAUGGAUCAUUACAAAUAAGACAUCAAUUACAAUGUGAUGAGGCUUUCUUCAAUAAAGCAAUUGAAAUACAAAAAGAUUUUAAACGUAAUUAUAAUGAAUAUAUAGACCAAAGUGAUGCUGAUGAUGAAGUUAUUUCAGCAUUAACUGAAGAAGGAAGAAAAAUAGGACAUAUUGUUAGAGUAUUAAGAAAUGAAAUUGCUAGAGUAAAGAAAUUAGAAACUAAAAUUGAAGAUGGUGUUGGUGAGUGUGUGUUAGCAGAAGUUCCUUCUUAUGAUUUAGAUGCUAUGAUGACUCCAAGAAUUAAACAUCCAGAAACACGAGGUGAUGCAGUUAAAAUUAUGGAUUACAUGAGUCAUACUAAAGGUAAUACUUUAAGUAGAGAUGAUUCAGUCACAGAAUCAGUUACUGAGUCUGAAAGUAAUUCAGCUACACCUGCUUCAUUUAAAAAUAAAAAUCAACGUAAGAUGCAAUUAAUGCCACCAGUCCCUUGUACUGGAACACGUGCAGUAACCUUUAAAAGAACGCCAUCAUCUAAGGUAAUGUCAAGUGUUGAUACAAGUAGAUUAUAUACAGGAUAUCUCUAA